GCGGCGCGCGGGCGAUGCAGCAGGCGGUGGGAUGAGGGACCGCCCGGGUCACCGCGCUCUGCGGGGAUUGGAUCGAGACCGCAUCGAGUCCUUCAGGGACCUCAAGGACCUCAAGGAGCACUUCCCCAGGCGACUGCGCGACCCCUGGCGCGACACCAAGUUCUCCCUUCUAGCCGGGGCCUCGUCGGAGCCUCCGUCACCGGACCCCGGACCUCAGGCCAGUGGCCAGGACGACCCGCCACUCACGCCGCCCGCGCCGCCGACGCACCAUGCCGGCCCCUCGACGCCCACCUCCGCCGCGCCGGCGGCCGCGACCACGCCCGCCCUGAGGGACGCCCCGCAGGGUGGCGUCCUCCACGGCGGCGGCGGCCUCCAGCGGGCGGCGGCCGCCGCCACCCCGGACGACCUGAUGCAGGUGCUGGAGCGGUCCUCGGGCAGCACGUCGUCGGGGACGUCCGACCUGUCGGGCCUGCUGCUGUCGCCGCGCUCCGGCCUCACGCGCCGCUCCGUGUCCGAGCGCGUCCUCAUCCCGGAGGACGACGCGCACGCCGGCACGCCGUCGCCGCCCGCGCCGCCCUCCUCGGAGCGCGAGAAGCGCGCCAUGCUCCGGCGCAACCUCACGCAGAUCCUGAGCUGCGUCUACGCCGUGUUCAUCGUCACCCUGGGCGUGGUCGUCUACAUCAGCAGCCUGGUCGCCGGCAAGUCGCCCAUCCUGGCCGAGGCAUUUAGUCUUUACCUGGUGGGGCUCGGCCUGCUCUACCUCGUCUUCCUGUACACGGACAUCCGCCGCUACCUAAACCGACUCAAGGCACGCCAGGCCUUUCUGCUCUCGCCGCCGCCCAACGUGACAGCCGAGAGCAAGGCGCCCCGGCCCGCCGUCCCCCCAGGCCCCGCCGGCCCGGGCUCGCAGCCCCACCGGCCUUCCCUGCCCCGGCCGCGGCCGCCCCUCAGGCCCGUGCCCCACGACUACUGCUUCAGCGACGCCAGUCACGCCGCCAGCUUCUACCUCAAGGUUGGCGCGGCCGGCUUUUGCUUCGGCCACCUAGUGCACUCGUCGCUUCUGUUGGCCUACCAGGCCAUGUUCCUCAUCCAGGACCCGGACGAGUUCUCCAAGUGCGCCUCGCCCGCCACUCUGGUCCUGGACAUCCUCUACCCCGUCUACUCCUUCCUGCAGCUAUUCUUCAUCUUUAAAUACUCCAAUGUGAUCAUCAACAGGUGCGAGGAGCUGGCGCGGUUCGCCCUGAUGCACUGCCUGGCGUCCAGCCUGUGCUUCUGGGUGUGGACCAUCCUGAGGGAGACGAUGGACUCGCUGGCGCACUACGACCACCAGGACGCCCCGCACGAGCACCUGGAGCAGCCCGAGGACGUCCUCCUGGACUACGACACCGACUACCCGGCGGCGCCCCUGGCCGCGCCCCUCGGAUCCACCCACGCGCCGACGGCCGGCACCGGGCCAGUGGCCAUGCCCCUCACCACGUACCACAAGCGCGGUGCUCUGGAUCUGGUCAAGUUCAUGAACGCCUCGUCGCUGGGCUCGUCCGAAUGCCGGGCGUCCACGCAGCUGUCUACCGUGCUCGACAGCCUGUCGCCCUACCUCUACCCGUUCACCAUCGAGUACAGCAUCCUCGUCGUUGGCGUGCUGUUCGUCAUCUGGCAGAACAUUGGCAACUGCAGCAACGCGGUGGAGGAGGCCGCGGAGGCCGACGGUAAGGUGAGCAGCGCGGCGAGCACGUCGAGCGCAAGCAGCACUGCUAGCAGCAGGGGCUCGACGGCGUCCCUGUGCCGCCCGCCGCCCAUGUCGCCACAGAGCGGCUUCGUGAGCAACGUGGUGCUGCACGCCGACUGCCACUCGGCCAACAAGGGGCUCUUCGCCGGCCUCAUCGUGCUGGUGGGGGCCGCCAUCUCCAUCAUCCUGUUCCUCCUCGCCAUGGCAGACAGUGAGUACAUGGAGGUCGGGCUGACGGUCAACUCGGUGACGGAGCUGACGCUGCUGGCGCUCAUGACGGUCGCCGUGAUGGCGGCGUACUGUCGCCUCGCCAAGCUGGACGUGGUGCGCCGCUCCUCCGCCUCCGUCUCGCUGCUCGACCACCUGCUCCUCUUCCUCUGCAUCCCGGCCUUCUUCCUCUACGCCAUCUUCAGCAUCGUGCCCGCCCUGGAGCAGCGUUCCUACUUGUCCAUCACCACCAUCUUGCUGCAGGUGACCCAGGUGCUGGUGCAGACCCCCUUCAUCAUGGACGGCAUGCGCCGCUGCAGCAACUGCGUCAAGCUGCGCCUGCAGAAGCCCGGCCGGGAGCUGGUCACGUUCCUCAUCGUCUGCAACGUGGCCCUGUGGAUCACGGACACGUUCGAGAUCAAGUCGGUGGACGCGCGCGACCACCGUGCCGACUACUACGGCCGCGUGCUCUGGACCAUGAUCUCGCACGCCACCGUGCCCCUCACCAUGCUCUACCGCUUCCACUCGUCGGGCUGCCUCGUGCACAUCUGGAAGUCGGCCUACGAGGCGGACCGGCUGCACUAAGGCAACGUGCACUUUUUUCGAGACGAAUUCUACGUGGUUGUUGUUUUUUUUCCCGAUGGUAUUCCGAUAAAUUUUGAGAGUCUCUUUGCAUCUCCCUUGUAAGUGGAGGGGGACUGGCCUCGAGCGUCUAGCUGCUAGACUCUAGCACAUGCGGCCAGAUAAAUUUUGAAGUCAUGUUGAAAUGGCCCCCCGUCAGUGUGACAAGCAGCACCGCUCUCAAACAUAAUUCAUCAACUAUGUAUUGUUAUAAUUUGUUACGUUCUUGUGUAAGCGAAGACCCUUAUUUGUUUCGUUGAUGAGAAAAGAUUUAUAAUUGUAUGUAUAACGUUGUCUGUUUUAUUUAUUUUUUAAGAGCGGCGUCACUCAGGUAGCCAAUAAAGUAUUGCAUUAUAGGGUUGGCAGCACCGGUCAUGUCGCUUUCCGUGCGUUGUGUCAUUCCAUGUGUUCCUUGUUCCUAUUUCAUUGUGUCCGUUAUGUUUUGUUUUAUUUUGGAGAUUUUUUCUGUCAGUGUGUAGUGAAUAAACACAAGUAAAUUUUAUAAAAA